AUGGCGGAUAAUUCGUGGGACAAAUGCGUGGAAGAAUCGGUGAAUGUGCUUGAAUCCAGGCAACUCCUUCGAUCUUUGAGACCCAUUUGUAUGUCAAGGCAAAACGAAGAAGAAAUUGUGGAAAACAGAGGCAAUGGAGGAGACGAGUACAAGGUGUUCGAUGGUUUGUGUCAAUGGGAUCGAGCUUCAGUCGAGGUUUCUGUCUCGAUACCCACAUUUCAGAAAUGGCUUCACGAUGAACCCAGUAACGGAGAAGAGAUUUUGAGGGGAGAUGCUUUAGCUGAAGGUAGAAAAGGGAGAUUCAAGAAGCUGCUUUUGUUCUCUGGGAAUGAUUAUUUGGGUUUGAGCUCACAUCCUACCAUAUCAAACGCUGCUGCAAACGCAGUUCAAGAAUAUGGUAUGGGACCUAAGGGUUCUGCAUUAAUAUGUGGCUAUACCACUUACCAUCGUUUGCUUGAGUCUAGUUUGGCAGAACUGAAGAAGAAGGAGGAAUGUCUUCUUUGUCCUACUGGGUUUGCUGCCAAUAUGGCUGCAUUGGUUGCAAUUGGAAGUGUUGCUUCUCUUUUGGCUGCUAGCGGGAAACCUCUGCAGAAUGAAAAAGUGGCCAUCUUUUCUGAUGCACUGAAUCAUGCAUCAAUUAUUGAUGGUAUUCGUCUUGCUGAACGACAAGGCAACGUUGAAGUUUUUGUUUAUCGACAUUGUGACAUGUAUCACCUUAGUUCCUUACUAACAAGUUGCAAACUGAAGAGGAAAGUCGUGGUGACUGAUAGCUUAUUUAGUAUGGACGGUGACUUUGCACCAAUGGACAAGCUCUCUCAGCUUAAGAAGAAGCAUGGCUUCCUGCUAGUUAUUGAUGAUGCCCAUGGAACAUUUGUUUGCGGAGAAAACGGUGGUGGCGUGGCCGAGGAUUUUAACUGUGAAUCUGAUGUAGAUUUAUGUGUGGGUACUUUGAGUAAGGCAGCAGGGUGUCAUGGCGGAUUCAUAGCUUGCAGCAAAAAGUGGAAGCAACUUAUCCAAUCGAGAGGUCGCUCGUUCAUAUUUUCAACAGCAAUACCUGUCCCAAUGGCUGCAGCUGCUUAUGCAGCGGUUGUAGUGGCGAGGAAGGAGAGAUGGAGAAGAAAGGCAAUAUGGGAGAGGGUGAAAGAGUUUCAGGCAUUAUCUGGAGUUCGCAUUUCAAGCCCCAUUAUCUCACUUGUUGUAGGCAAUCAAGCCAAAGCCCUCCAAGCAAGCCGGUAUCUGUUAGAAUCAGGGUUCCAUGUAAUGGCAAUAAGACCACCCACAGUGCCACCCAAUUCUUGCAGACUAAGGGUGACACUGAGUGCAGCACACACCACAGAAGAUGUGAAGAAACUCAUCGCUGCGCUUUCUUCUUGCUUGGACUUUGACAGCACCACUCACAAUCCUUCCUUUAUCUCUCCCAAACUCUAA